CUGGCGAUCCGUUUGCGGACGACUUCCGAGCAAAUACGUGAAGACGGAUCUGACCAAAACGGCGAUUUUUGGAUCCGACAUCGAAAGGCAUAUGUACGCCGCUCGCCUGCUGUGCAUUACGGCGCAGUGGCUAUACAGGAGGGUUCUUGCACCCGAUCCAGAUCUUGUCGUCCUCAUGCCUCGAGCAUCGACUACUAUCGUGCGGGGAGACCGUUCGAUGGUGUACCAGCUUAGCAAUGGCUGAACGUACUCCGCCUCUGACUGUGCCGACAUCAGUCAUAAUUUGUAACCCACAGAGGCAAAAUCAAGCACAUAUGACCAGGUCGCUCAGUGCUUAGCCCUUUCCUUUUGACUUUUCCACCUCGCAAGGCGAGCUAUUUUUUCUUUAGUCUUCGCAAAUCUGCGGGCCACGUGGAAAGAAGAUCUCCAUGCUCAGUGACGCGUUCUUAGGUCCACUUCUCACUCCUUUCCUUAUUGUUCUCCUUUACCCAUUAACUUCUUAUAAUUGUGUUGAUGCCCGAGUCAUUCGUGGCCGACAAACGUCUCUGGCGCCAAGGGACACGCAGUCAGCUGCAUCCGCAGCAUGGAUUUCGGCCGCUAACUCUAACGGAACCCUCGACAAAUCGACAUCGCAAGUCGGAUUUUAUAAACAGCUGAUCUCAACGUCGGCACUGCCCGCAGCGAAUGCGACCGUGACAGUCAACGCUGUUUGCUACGAUGUUGUCACCCUCUGGGUGAAUGGGCAACCGGUGGGACAGCAGACGAAGAAUCUCACCACGCCUAUUGUCGCGCGCGUUAAACUGAACACGACCCAGAACAUCUUCUCAGUGUUGGUGCAGAAUGGGACUUGCGUGCCGGCGAUCAGUGCGUCGAUUCGGGUCGACUUCUCCGGCUCGGUGUCGUCCAGCACCUUCGUCUCAGACUCGAGCUGGUUGGCGACCACGAAUGUACCGAUUACUUUCCCCAACCCGCAGAAUCUAUCGCUGUUUUCGCCGGUCGUCUCGCGCACCCUCGCCAAGCCACCAGCACCCUCUGCUGCAGUGUCGGCCUCCCCCAUUUCACUGGAAGACAGCUCGUGGAUCUGGUCAAUCACAUCCGCAUUCCUCGUCGCACCUGUCGGCACUAUAGGCUUUCGAAAGAGGUUCUCAAUCCCGGCGGGCAAGACAGCUGUUUCUGGUACAGCUCUCAUCUCGUGUGAUAACACCUUCUCGCUGUACAUCAACGGCGUGUUCAUCGCUGCACCCCCCUCCGGCCCGAAUACUACGACCGAAUUUUAUUACUCAUGGACAUACGCGCAACAAGUCGCAUUUCCGAUCGACUCAACAUCACUCGUCUUUGAUAUCAUAGCGCAGAAUUUCCUCUACGACAUGCAGACGCCCCAACUGUCGUUUGCUGGGCUCAUCGCAGCGAUGCAAGUCGACUACUCGGACGGCAGCUCGGAUACUGUCAUAACCGACCAGUCCUGGAAUUUCAGUGCGAACUUCAGCAGCCCCAGCGCCUUUCUUUCCAUGUCGUCCAUCUCGCUGACGUCGGCCAUCGUCCAGGGCAAGUUUGGGAUGGCGCCGUGGGAUCAACUGGUCGGCACAUCCGAUGUUCUUGCCGCGCCGAAGGUGCCCCAAAUCAUGGCGAGCACAGACGGUGGCGGCAACCAGAGCCAUCACCGGGACAUGAGCUGGGUGCUGAUCAUCUGCCUCGUCAUUGCUGUGGUUGUGAUUGUCCUCGCUGUUGCUUUUCUCUACUUCCGACGAAGGAGACAGCUGCGUCAGGAUCAACCCACGGGCCACAUAGCGCAGCUUUUGCCGACGAAGUCCCGGAGUUACGAACGACUGCGUCACAGCACAUUGCGCAGCUCUGCGCCGGAGGCCAUGCCGCCGCCGCCCAGCUACGCGGCCUCCACUACGCCCAGAUCGGUCUACGAUGCUCCUGCCGCUAACAACAGCAAGACUGCAUUUCGAGUGAUCAACACCGAUGAUAUAUCUUCUAGUUAGUUGGAACAAGCGAUGAACGUUUUAUAUCUUUGCUGUGUAAAUUACCGCUGGAUACGUCACCCUUAUAUGUUAUUUGGAAGGCAUAGCUUGAGCAAACGUCUUCGAGCUUCAUGUCCCACAUGUCGUCCGGCACCUUGACC